AUGGUUUUUGAACCGGGUAGUAGUACUGACAGCAGUAAUGCUGAUGCUGAUGCUGUUGCAAAUGCGCGGUCUGAGAUUUACGAGUUUGGGACAGAAGUUGCUUGGUGUAAGAAAUUUGUAUUACUUAAUAAUCUUGUUUAUUUGCUGAGAGAAGCUAGGUCUUUAAAGAGAUUUGAUCAUGAAAAUGUAAUCAAAUGCUACCAUUAUUGGCCUUUUGGAUUAGAAAACAAAGUUGAGUUUAACAUGAUUACUGAGCUUUAUUCUGGGAAUUUGAAGGAUUACACUCAGAAACAUCAGGUUAAAGAAAACAGUCCAGCAAUCAAGAAUUGCUGUCAACAGAUUCUGUCAGGGCUUCAUUUUCUUCACAGUCAAGAUGAACCGAUUAUUCACGAUGAUUUAAAGCGCGAAAACAUCUUUGUUGUUGGAAACUCAGGCAAGAUUAAGCUAGGAGAUUUGAGUGUCGCAACGACUGUUGAUAGUCCUGAGUAUAAUGCUGUUAUUACUCGAAGGAUAGAGCGGUCUGAGAUGUACUGUGUUGGGUUGUGUGCGCUACAGAUGGUGAAUAAGGAUGCUGCAGACAGCACAUCGCGAAAAAUGGAUUUUAGGCUGUUAAAAAAAUUACAAGACCAAGGGAUUAAGAGCUUCAUUCAGCCUGCUACCAUCACUAGUGCAGCUGCAGAGCCUGAGGGUGAUGUCGACGACAGUAACACAGCUGCUGCUUCUGAAAAUGCCCCACUGAUGGCAGAAACACUCGCAGGGCGGGAAGGUGAAACGUCUUAUGGGAGUGAUUAA